AUGUCUCUUCCAAGAAGCUCAGAAUCGAACAAAAUUAAUACCGACAAAGAUCGUGAAAGCGUGGUUGUUGACAAAUUGUCAACAGGUAGCGUUGAGGAUGCAGAAAAAGUCGUCGACGUCGUGAAAGAUCCUUUCGAGCAGUAUACCCCAGAGGAGCGUGAAAUCUUGUAUCGUCAAGUAAAUGAUACCGAAGCUAAAUUGGCAGGAUAUAUGCGAAUUUUCACAUGCGGUGAUAAAUGGGACUAUAUGCUUCAGACAGCUGGCUGUAUCACCGCUAUCGGCGCUGGUCUUGGUAUGCCUCUAAUGUCUCUUGUCGCUGGUAAAUUAGCCAAAGCAUUUACCGAUCUUGCAAGUGGCCGCGGUGCUGCGACGUUUCAACACGAUGUCAACCAUUUUGUAUUAUAUUUCAUUUAUAUCGCUGUCGGUAUUUUUGGGUGCUCUUAUGUUUAUACAGUAACGUUUAUUGUCUCCGGUGAACGGAUUUCGCGUCGAAUUCGUCAACAAUAUCUGCAUGCGGUAUUGAGUCAAAACGUUGGUUACUUUGAUCGUCUCGGUGCAGGUGAAAUUACUACGCGUAUCACGGGCGAUACAAACUACAUUCAAGAUGGUAUGGGUGAGAAGGUUGGAUUGGUGCUUUUUGCUCUUGCCACAUUUCUGUCGGGUUUUGUUAUUGCAUUCAUUCGUCAUUGGAAGUUCACCCUCAUUAUUAGUUCCAUGCUUUUGGCCAUUUUAGGUGGUAUUGCUUGCGGUGUUAAGUUUAUUAAAAAGUACACAAAAGCCCAAAUAGCCCAGUUGACCAGCUCUAGUACUUUUGUCGAAGAGGUUUUAUCCAACGUACGUAAUGCGUUUGCUUUCGGUACUCAGGAUCUGUUGGCCGAUACAUUUACAAAGUUUUUAAUCCCUGCCAGACAGAAUGGCAUCAAAAAAUCUAUUGUUAUGGGCAUCAUGGUUGGAUGGAUGUUUUUUGUAGCUUAUGGUGCUUAUGGCCUUGCUUUUUGGGAAGGUGGUCGUCUUUUGCAUGCUGGUGAACUGACUGUCGAUAAAAUGAUCAGCUGUUUCUUUGCUGUUUUAAUUGCCUCUUACAGUUUGGCAAAUAUAUCUCCAAAAAUGCCAGCUUUUGUGAAUUGUUCAUCAGCUGCCAAAAAGAUCUUUGACACAAUUGACCGACAAAGUCCAAUUGAUGCAUUUUCGCCCGCUGGUAAAAUCAUUCAACAUGUUGAUGGAGAAAUUGAAUUGAAAAACAUAAAGUUUGUAUAUCCUACCAGACCCGAAGUUGUGGUUCUAGAAAAUUUUUCUUUGCUAUGUCCUGCCGGUAAAAUUACUGCUCUUGUUGGUGCAAGUGGUAGUGGAAAGUCUACUAUAGUAGGUCUCGUAGAGCGAUUUUAUGAUCCUAUUGCAGGACAAGUUAUGUUGGAUGGUGAAGAUCUCCGUGAUUUGAACAUUGCUUCUUUACGUGGUCAUAUCUCCCUAGUGCAACAGGAGCCUGUUCUUUUUGGAGCUACCGUUUUUGAUAACAUUGCUUAUGGAUUAACAGAUGAGAUGCAAUCAGCACUUACCGAAGAUGAAUUACGAGAAAAAGUUUACGAUGCUGCUAAGACUGCAAAUGCUUAUGAUUUUAUUAUGUCUUUGACCGAACAAUUUAAUACUAAUGUUGGCCAGCGUGGCUUUUUGAUGUCGGGUGGUCAAAAACAAAGAAUUGCGAUAGCUAGAGCCAUUAUUAGCGAUCCUAAAAUUCUACUCCUGGAUGAAGCAACAAGUGCUUUAGACUCGAAGAGCGAGGUUAUUGUUCAAAAGGCUUUAGAUAAUGCUUCCAGAUCUCGUACAACCAUUGUUAUCGCUCAUCGUUUAUCAACAAUUCGCAAUGCCGAUAACAUUGUAGUAGUCAACGCUGGAAAGAUUGUUGAACAGGGAACCCACUCUGACCUAUUAUCGUUAAAUGGUGCCUAUGCCAAAUUGGUUGAAGUACAGCAACUUGCUGAAACGAAUAACGAUAAUGUUGUCGAUGAGUCAGGAGACGAGCAAGUUGAUGAAGCUGUUAAAAUUGUUACGCAAAAUGAAGAUGAUAGUUCUUCGUUUGGUAAUUCGUUUUCCGCUCUUCAUGAAAAAGAUAAAGAUGCAAUCUCACUUCGCGCUGCUCCGCUUGGUCACUUACCAUUUGAUCCUGUUCCUGAUUUGCCAAAUAAAACUAUGGACAAUAUAGACGCGGAGACUCCAAGUGUUGACCUUGAUGUUUCUUCAAGCCUUGAGAGUAACUCAACUGAGAUCAGCUCUUGGAAAGCAUUGAUUUUUAUCCAUUCCUUCGUUGAUGGUGCUUUAGAAGCUAUGUGUCUUCUAAUCGGUAUCGUGGCAUCCAUGGUCUGUGGUGCAGCAUACCCCGUGCAAGCAGUAGUGUAUGCCAGGUUCUUGAAUAUUUUUACGAAUCUGAAUUCGCCGGAUUACUUUCAUAAGAUCAGUAUAUUUGGUAUUUACUGGCUAAUUCUUGCUAUUGCAGAAUUCUUCGGUUAUUCAAUAAGUGAAUUUUCCAUGUCUUAUGUACUGCAGUCUCUUUUACAACGUAUUCGCUGGCAUCUCUUCCGUACCUUACUUCGUCAAGAUGUCGAAUUCUUUGACCGUACUGAGAAUACUGUUGGUGCUUUGACUACUUCACUUUCAACUUCUAUUCAGAACCUUGAAGGCCUGUCAGGCUCUACACUUGGAACAUUUGUGCAGAUUCUUACAAACGUAGUUUCUGUAUCAAUUCUUUCACUGGCCACUGGAUGGAAACUGGCUUUAGUUACGUUAUCGACUUCCCCCCUCAUCAUUUGUGCUGGUUAUUAUCGGGUUGCUGCAUUGGAUCGGAUUCAGGAUAACUUGUCUAAUUCAUACAAAGCGUCAGCGGCGUUCGCUUGUGAAUCUACGUCCGCCAUCAAAACAGUUGCAAGUCUCACGAGAGAAUCGAAGGUGUAUGAAAGUUAUAGUGCAUCGUUGAUUAAACCCGGAAGAGAAACAGCCAUAGCUUCUUUGAUAUCUGGUUUGUUAUUUUCUGCAUCACAAGCGGUUACCUUUUUAGUCAAUGCACUCACAUUUUGGUAUGGUGCUACAUUGAUGAAAACAGGUGAAUAUAGUUUAGUCCAAUUUUAUACCUGCUUUAUUUCUAUCGUUUUCGGUAUUCAGCAAGCUGGACAGUUUUUGGGCUAUGCAGCUGACGUUACGAAAGCUAAAUCAAGCGCUGGAUCAAUUAAGCAUUUGUGUGAGAGUAGACCAAAAAUCGAUACCUGGUCUAAAGAAGGAAGGAAAAUUGAAUCUUUGGAGGAUUCCUCCAUUGUGUUUAAUGAUGUUAAAUUCCGUUACCCUACUAGGAAGAACAUCCAGGUAUUGCGUGGUCUCAACUUGACGGUUAAACCUGGUCAAUUUGUGGCAUUUGUAGGUGCUUCAGGGUGCGGUAAAUCUACAACAAUUGGCUUAAUCGAACGCUUUUAUGACUGCGAAAGCGGAUCUGUAAUAGUGGGAGGUGUUGAUGUCCGUGACUACAACGUUAAUGAUUAUCGUAAGCAGAUAGCUUUGGUAUCGCAAGAGCCAACUUUAUACCAGGGAACUAUUCGAGAGAAUAUUGUCCUCGGUGCUUCGAGAGAUGUUACAGAUGAAGAGAUCAUUGAAUGCUGUAAGAUGGCAAAUAUCCAUGACUUUAUCAUGGGUUUGCCUAAUGGUUAUGAAACGCUUUCUGGACAGAAAGGGUCUUCUUUAUCCGGUGGACAAAAACAAAGAAUUGCUAUUGCUCGUGCCUUGAUUCGAAAUCCAAAAAUCUUACUGUUAGAUGAAGCUACCAGCGCUUUGGACAGUAAUAGUGAGAAAGUAGUACAAGAAGCUUUAAACAAAGCUUCUGAGGGACGUACUACAGUAGCCAUUGCUCAUCGCUUAUCGUCUAUUCAGCACGCUGACUGUAUUUUCGUAUUUGAUGGAGGUGUAAUUGCCGAGGCUGGCACUCAUAAUGAACUUGUGAGCAAGCGUGGUCGCUAUAAUGAGCUUGUGGUUGAACAAGGUCUUGGAGCAGGAUAG